AUGGCAUCUAAUGUUAAUGAAUUGUCUUGGCUUAUUUCCUGGAGCAAGGAACUCUCAACUACCUCUGGUCUGUUCUUUGUGCCACUCAAUACGCAGAGGUCUCUUGAUGCAUUUAUUAGGCGAACAAAGGUUAUGGAGUGGCUUCAAAAUAUUGUAAAGAUCGAAAUACUGACCCUGUAUGAGUAUGCUUCCGCUGCUGCAGAGGCACUUACUGAGGCACAGCUAGCUCUUGUUUAUAGUCACUUCCUUUACCAUUCGCAUGCAAAAAAAUACAUAACUGAGGGGAGCAUCAGCAACUUGUGCCAUAAGAUGCCUGUGGUAGAUAAUUUUGGACACAUGAUUGCAAAGAGAAAUAUUUUGCUUGUCCCUGCUGAAAGGAGCAAAUGGUUUACUUUGAUUGGUACAAAUCCCUGGAGAUCUCAAAAUUACAUUGAGCUGUCAACAGAUUACAAAUCUUCAGGAACUUAUGCCAGAAAUUACACACCUGGAGGUCAGCUGAUAACUUUCUUGAGGAAAUAUGCGCAAGCAGUUGAUGUCCCUUACAUGCACCCUCCUAAUGCCAGUUUCCCCAGUGUCUCAUAUCCCCUGCCCAUGGGAAAUGCACUUUUGCUUCUACAAUGGAUUCGUAAUAUAAGAUCAAGCAAUGUCCAGCUACCCCAAAACUUCUUCAGUUGUAUCAGGAACGGAAGGUGGCUGAAGACUUCUCUUGGUUACAAGUCACCAUCAGUAUCUUUUUUGUCGGGUGCAGGAUGGGGCAGCAAGCUACAUGUCCAAUUUGUGUUUGCUGAUGUACCCAUAAUCGAUGAGGAGUUCUAUGGAAAUAAAAUGAGUACUUAUAAGGAAGAGUUGAGGGUAAUAGGAGUGCAGUUUGAGUUUGUAAAUGCACAUGUGCAUAUUGGGAACCAACCUUUGACGAAAGAAAAUGCUAUUUUACUUCUUCAAUGGAUAAGGAGUCUAAGAUCAAGAGGUGUCCAGCUUCCUCAGAACUUCUUGAGCUCUAUUAGGACUGGGAAGUGGCUAAAGACAUCAAUCGGUUACAAUUCCCCGUCAAGAUCUUUUCUAUCAAAUACACAAUCAGAAAGUUUGCGACAGAUUAUAUCUCGAUUAGCUGAUGUUCCCAUAAUUGAUCAAGAAUUUUAUGAGAAUAAAUUAAGUGCUUACAAGGAGGAGUUGCGAGCUAUCGGAGUGCAAUUUGAUUCAUUUACCCCUGAUGUUGACAACUUUAAGAUCUGUACAGAUUCAUUUACCCCUGAUGUUAGCAUACUGAUCCUCAAGUGUAUCCGAUAUGCUAAGGUGUCUCAAGAUUUGGUGAAAGAAUUGAAAGAGCUCAGAUGGGUGAAGACAGAUCUUGGUUUCAGAGCUCCUCCUGGAACGUUCCUAAUUGAUAAUGAUUCAAAAUGUCUUCUGAAGAUUGUUGAUGAGCUACCACUACUUGAUUUGCACUUUUAUGGAGGUGAAAUUAGGACAUAUGAAGGAGAGUUAAGGAAGGUUGGUCUAAUUGUCGGGUUUAAAGAGGUAAGCAAGGCAAUAGUGUGGAGAGUGAAGAAACUUUUGCGUGCUUCGUAUUCUAUGAAAGAGAUGGUAUUUUCUAUGUUAGAAUGCUACAGAGAACUACGUAAUAAUCACGAAAAGUUACCGGUUGAUCUUGUCAAUUGCAUGCGUCAUGAGAGAUGGCUACAUACAUCUCUCGGUUUCAGAUCGCCCGAGGAAGCAAUUCUGUUCAGUUCAGAAUGGAGUCAUAUAUCUCUAGUUUCUAGUCUACCCUUCAUUGAUGAUUAUAAUGAUUCCCAGUAUGGCCUGGGGAAUGACAUCUACAGCUACAGAGAUGAACUAAUGGCCCUGGGUUCUAAAAUUGAACUUGAGCAAGCAGCAGCAUUUGUCCUCUCAGGACUAAGAAUUCCAAAUGAUGCUUCAGCUGUGACUCCAGAAGCUGUUGUCUCAUUGCUGAAGUGCAUCAGGAGCUGGAUGAAGUAUGGUUUUUCUCUUCCUGACAAUUUCAUGAGUGCAGUCAAUGUGAAGUGGGUGAAGACAACUGCAGGAUACAGGCAUCCAAAUGAAUGUCUCCUGUUUGGCUCUUUGUGCUCUUCCCUUGUUCAGAGAGAUGAUGGCCCUUUUAUAGAUGAAGUGUUUUAUGGCCAGGAGGUAUUGUCAUAUGAAAGUGAGCUGCAGACAUUAGGUGUUGUGAAUGCUAGAUCUGGUUGUGCACUGAUGGCACAACAUCUAAAACUUCUUUCUGACACUGACACAAUUUCUAGGAUAUAUUCAUAUCUGGAAGCGUUCCAUUGGAAGCCUCGCACUCGCAAUGUUAAUGAUAAUUGGAUUUGGAUACCAGAUGGAAGUGAUAAAGGACAGUGGGGCAGUUGUGUUCUUUAUGACCGGAAUAAUAUUUUUGGCUCUGAGCUACAUGUCUUGGUAAAAUGGUACGACCAUAAGUUACUUCGAUAUUUUAACACAGUGUUUGGUGUGAAGCGCCAUCCAACACUUGGCGACUAUUGCAAGCUCUGGGGCGUUUGGCAGAUCAAAAACUCCCCACUAUCAUUUCAAGAUUGUUCUUCUUUCUGGGAGUUCAUUAGCAAGCAAUGGAGCACAGAAAUGGGGAAGUACCUCGCCAUGCUUAUAACAAAGUUUCCUGUUCGUAGUGGAGAUCACAUCUUGCUAAUUGAUAAACAGGAUGUCUUCAUUCCUGAUGAUCUGCUACUGGAGGAUUUGUUCAAUAGGCAAGCUGAGCAACCUUUGUUUGUAUGGUAUCCUUCAGCUAGCUCGUCUCUCUUGUCUCCAGCGAAAUUGAAUGACAUAUAUAGCAGUAUUGGAGUUCAGAAAAUAUCGAUGGCUGUUUCUAGGGAAGAAUCCAACGGCUUACAGCUCGAUGCUGUUACCAUUGUUCAUAAUGGCACCGUGAUUAAACCUGGUUUGCUCAGAAUCGUCCUAGCUUUCCUUGCUGACCCUAUUCUUGAGAUUGCUGCUGAAAAGAGGCAUGGAAUGGUCGCCUGUCUCACCAAUAUACUUGUCUAUGAGACGAGCACACCUCUUACUGUGAGUUAUCAGGUUGGACUUUCUUUAAGUAGAAGCAUGGUUGUUAAAUCUGCAAGAUUGUUCCACUGGGAAAGGGAGAACUCGAGGCUAAUUGUGAGAAAGCACAAUGGAUCAGGAUUGAUGGACAACACAGCAAAAAUAGAGUAUGCGUCAUAUUUUGCAGAAGAGAUAUCAAAAGGACUACUGUUCGAGAGAAAACAUCUAAUUCCUGCUCUUGUUGACCUUUUGAGGACUGGGUUCUUGCUGGACUUUGAAAUUCAAGCUGUUAAGGUUUUGUUAAAGUUGAAGAACCUACGGUUGUUUGAGGAGGAUCAAGAGUUCCUGUUACCUUAUGUGAUUUAG